AUGGAUUCAACAGAAGAUGACACAGAAAUCUCCAGAAGGCAAGAAUUGCAACUGGAAAAACCAGGCGACCAAGGACUCUCAAGUGACGGGUUUGACGAUAAACUUGACGACCAAGAGCCCAAUAAUUUUUCAGCAUCGGAAGAUUCUUCUCAUGUUACAAGGAAGCCAGCAGCAGCCUCUGGCACAUGUUCUUUAACAUGGGUAUCAGCAGAGGCUAAAGAGCGAGAUAAUUGUCGCAAAAUGAGAAUGAACAUGGAAUUUGUUGCCCCCAAAUCGCCUGUCGUACCCGCUAACUUGAAAGAAUGGCUUAUACACCGUGCAUCGGUCUUGGAAAUCAAGGCUAGGUAUAUCAAAAGCCGUAUACCGGAUAGUAAGGGGGAUGACGAAGAAAAGGCUCAACUCGUGUUUCAUGACUGGAAAUGGAGAGACACCCGCUCAUUUGUUCUGUCACAAGAAACAAUCUGGAGGAAUCAUGGCACAGAAAAUCCUUCUAGAAACCAAGCGCCAUGGCCAGACUCGAGCGAGCGCAAACACGAAGGUUAUCAACGGGUGAGGUCCGGAUACAAGCGAUUUCUGCCGCUUCCUAGAGUGCCAGGGAACCAAACCGUCAAUUGGAAGCAGCGCUCACCCAUAGCGACAUAUGAAUUUGACCGAGUUGGUCAGCCCAUCGGGAUCGGGGGGACAGUAGAUACGGAUGAAAUGAUGGAAGAAUUCAUUGGGAAAAAAUUUCUUGCGGAAAUCGAUACUCUCAAUUUCCCAAAGCAAUGCAACCAUCUGCACUGA